UUUCGGCAGCGAGCUGGAAUGAAAACCUCAGGGAAAGGGAGAAACUCACCGCUUUUUAGCCAUGAAUUAGGAUUUCCUUCGCCGGAAUAAAAACAAAAAGCGGGACCGUCGGACUCGACGUGGUAUGAAGUCCCUCAAAACGGAGCCAUUACAUUAACCUUACACCAGGGUUGGGCGCCAUGGCGGAGUCGGAGGAGGCAAUGAGCCAAGAGGACUGGAAGGAGAAGUGCGAGGUUCUGGAAGCGCUGCUCAUGAAGUUCAGGGUCCAGAUCCUCAAGAUUCGAGAACUCACUGCAGAUAAGCGAGCAAUUACGGGCGAGGAAGAUGAAGAAGAAGAUCAUGGUGUGAUAUCUUUGCAGAUUCAGCAGUUGGAGAUGCAGGUGAUGGAUGCAGAAAAGCGGGCCUUCACCGCGCAGCAGCAGGCGCAGUGGAUGGAGGAGAAGCUCAAGGCCCCGGACGGCCAGUCUGGGGACGCGGAGGUGCGCUUGUUCCAGCAGUGCCAGGAGCUGCAGGCGUCGCUACGGGAGAGGGAGGACGCCAUCGCACAGCUGGAGCAGCAGCUGGAGGAGCAGAAACAGACCCGGCUCCUGGACGCCAAAAUGGUGGAGGAGAAAGCAGCCAGGAUCAAGGAGUGGGUGAUGCUGAGGUUGUCAGAGUUCGAGGUGGAGAACGCGGCUUUAAGGGAGACCAACCAGCUGCAGGAGGCUCAAAUCCUGGAGCUGCAGAAACAAGUGCAGGCCUUCGAGCAGAAGUGCGGCGGCGGGCGAGGACUCCCGUGCAGACCGGGCCAGGCCCAGCGCCUCAGCAGCCUGACCUUUGGCUGUUUCCAGGUGAGGGGGAAGAGCCCCCAGGUCCUGACGGGACCGGCGCCAUCCCAGAGGACCCUCAGCACACCGGGAGAGAACGACACGACCGAGAGGAGCGGCAAUACGUCAGCAGACAGGCGGAGAGCCUCCCAGCAGACGGACGAGGGGGCUCACGGAGCGGAAGGCGACGGCGGCCAGCCCGAGGACGGCGGGGAGGGCGCCCGCGAGCCCCCACGCAGCCGCGCCGCAUCGGAGGAGGAGGGGGCGUCCGGCGAGGGCCCGGGGGCCGGGGCGUGCAGCCUGGACUUCAGCCGGCCGGGCAGCGAGACCUACCUGACCGCCUCGGACGACAGCAGCUCGCUGUUCGACGACGACAUGCAGCGGGCCGAGCGGCCCUGCUUCGCCCUGCCGGACGCCCCGGACGGGGGCCCGGGAGGGCGUGAGCUCGGGCGGGGGGAGGGCCGCGGGGUCAAGGCGGAGGACCGCGCCUCCGAGGAGCUCAACCGGCGAUUCCAGUCGCAGAGGCUGGACUCCUCGUCCUCCUCCAGCGAGCCCAACACCCCCAGCCCCGGCCCCGGCACCCCGAAGAGGCCCAACCCGCCCCACGACCCCAGGGACAGGCCCGCCUCGCCCAAACAGCCCCGUCUGAAAACGCCGGUGGGGGGGGCGGGGCCGCUCAGCGUCGCCCUGGCGAAGAAGCACCUCAGCCAGCCGCCGGCGGGCAGCGAGCCGCGGCACGGCCAGACGCGCAACGCCCUCAGCAUGCUGCGGCCCCCCCGCCCCCAGGAGACCGACCUGGACCGGGAGGCCGACCCGGACCAGCAGCGGGAGGACGGCAUGGAGGUCGGCAGGGAGGGGCCGCCCCGGGUCCACCCCACAGAAACCCCGCCCGAGCCCGAACCCGAACCCGGGACCGAGAUGAGCUCAGAGAGGCCCGGCAGCAAACCCCCGACUCCACCUCUUCACAGGCUCCCCUCCUGGGAAAGCCGUAUCUAUGCCGUUGCCAAAUCGGGAAUCAGAUUAUCCGACACGUCCUGCUCAGACCUGGCUGUCAAAGACCCCUCCCUGCAAUCGUCCUACCCCUCCUUCGUCAUGUUCACCUCCCUCGUCUACAAAAACAUGACCACACCGGUUUACACAACUCUGAAGGGGAAAGCCACCCUGCUGAGCAGCAGUCCCAUCUCAGACGAGUCCUCCAGUUCCGAGGAGUCCUCCAGCUCCGGAGGAGAGGAGGACGGCUCCCUCUCCAGCUCCCACAACUCCUCCAGCUCCAGGAAGGACAGCGGCACGGGCAGCCCGCGCUCCCUAAAGAGAGCCGUGUCCAUGGCUUCCGUGACGUCAGAAAGCGACUACGCCAUCCCCCCCGACGCCUACUCCACCGACACCGAGUGCUCCGAACCCGAGCAGAAACUGCCCAAGACCUGCGGCCCGGCCAGCGACGACGGAAAGAGUGAGCCAAUGGAGAAGUCGGGCUACCUGUUGAAAAUGGUCAAGACCUGGAAGAAAACCUGGAAGAGGCGCUGGUUCGUCCUCAAAGACGGAGAGCUGCUCUACUACAAGUCGCCAAGCGACGUGAUCCGGAAACCUCAGGGACAGAUCGAAGUCAACGCCACCAGCAGCAUCUCCCGCGGGGACGGAAAACAGGUCCUUCAGUUGGCGACGGGUAAGCACGUUUACUGCCUGAAGGCCGACUCCCCGAACCUGCUGGAGGAGUGGCUGCGGGUGCUGCAGAGCGUGCUGAGGGUGAAGCACGGAUACUCCAAGAGGGUCUGGUGCGCUCUGAUUGGCAAAACUUUAUACUACUUUCGCAGCCAAGAGGACAAGUUCCCACUGGGCCAGAUCAAGCUUUGGGAGGCCCGGGUCGAGGAGGUGGACAGGUCCAGGGACUCGGACGACGACUCUAAGGCGUCUGGGCGGAGCUUGCCCGGAGCGCCCUUCACCAUCGCCGUCCAUCCACAGGAGCAAGGCCCCACCUAUUUACUCAUCGAGUCCCGCCACGAAAAGGACUCGUGGCUGUACCAUCUGUCGGUGGCUGCAGGCACCACGGUGGGGAAAGUCGGAACCGAGUUUGAGCAACUGGUAGGAAAACUCUUCCAGCUGGACGGUGAUCCAAAUUCUCAGAUCUGGAGACAUCCCACGUUGUGCUUCAGUAAAGAAGCUCUGUCAUCUCCUCUCACCACUCUGCCCUCCCAGGCCCUUCAGACGGAGGCCGUGAAGCUCUUUAAGACCUGCCAGCUCUUCAUCAACGUGGCCAUCGACGCGCCGGUCAUCGACUACCACGUCUCUCUGGCCCAGAGCGCGCUGCAGGUGUGCCUGACCCACCCCGAGCUGCAGAACGAGCUGUUCUGCCAGCUCACCAAGCAGACCCGCCGGAGGCAGCUGCACGGCCAGCCGGGACCCCUGCAGGGCUGGCAGUUUCUGGCCCUGUGUGUGGGGCUGUUUCUCCCUCAGCACCUGUUCCUCUGGCUGCUUCAGGCUCACCUCAAAAAGCACGGAGACUCCAGGACAGAGGUGGGGAAGUACGCCAUCUACUGCCAGCGCUCUUUGGAGCGGACGCAGCAGAAAGGGGAGCGGCAGGCCAGGCCAUCCCGCAUGGAGAUCCUGUCCAUUCUGCUGAGGAAUCCGUACCACCACUCCCUGCCCUUCAGCGUCCCUGUUCACUUCCUCAACAAUACCUACCAGGUGGUCAGCUUCGAUGCCUCGACGACAGUGGACGAGUUCCAGUGCCGCCUCAACCAGGACAUGGGCAUGAGAAAACCGGGACUCUCCGGUUUCAGCCUGUACACCGACGACCCCACCGGACGAGAGCUGGAGCACUGCAUCCAAGGAGGCAUCAAGAUUUGCGACAUCAUCUCCAAAUGGGAGCAGGCCUCCAAGGAGCAGCACUCCGGCAAGUCCGAAAACACCAGGACCGUCCGACUCACUUACAAGAACAGGCUCUACUUCUCGCUCCAGAUGCGAGGGGAGUCAGAAAGGGAGCGGCUGCUGCUGGCCUACCAAACCAAUGAGGCCAUUGUCGCCGGACACUUCCCAGUGGAGUUUGGAGAUUUCGAGCGCCCCUUCAGCCCCACUUCCGGAUCGGCCCAGGCCAAGUCCAAUCAAACGCUGAAACAGGUCCUGGACCGAUUCUACCCCAAGCACUACCGCAGGGCCGCGUCCGAGGAGCAGCCGAGACAGCUGCUCCAGCGUCUGUCCGCCCGCUGGGCCUCGCUCAGGGGUCGGAGUUCGUCUGAGUGCGUCAGGAUCUACCUGACCGUCGCCAGGAAGUGGCCCCUCUUCGGUGCCAAGCUGUUUGAGGCAGAGGCGAUCAGCCCCUCUCCAGAGCCGGGCGCACGCAUCUGGCUCGCGGUGCACGAAGACGGCGUCGGUGUCCUCGAGCACAACUCGAUUAAACCGCUGGCCUCCCACCCCUAUAAGAGCCUGAUGACGUUUGGAGGCUGCAAGCAGGCCUUCAUGCUGGCGGUGGGUCCGAGCGUCGGUGCCGACUCCGGAAAAGACAAACCGGCAGAGAAACAUCUGUUCGCCAUGGACGCUUCCAAGAUAAGGGAAAUCACCCUCCUCAUAUCCGGCUACAUCAACAGCGCGCAUCAGCAGAAGGCCGCCGCCCACCACCUCUCCGCCCCGGCCCUGAUGGUGGCGCAGCCCGUCAACCUGAAGAGCAAAGAGCUGCGGAGCAAAUCCCCACCGGCGCUGGGACGCCCCAGCAAGGCCCCCACGCUGCUGUGAGGGAUACACACAAAUACACACAUCCUGGCCUUUUUCUUUUUUUAAAGUUAGACAAUAAAGAAUCUUUCAACAUCGCCUCCA